AGGCAUUCAGACAGCGAUGGAACGUUGCUGCUCUUCGUCGUCGUCGUCGUCGUCGUGGUCUCGUCAGGUCUAGUACAGAGGCGACCUUUACUUUUUGCCUUUCCGUAGCGCGCGAGUAAAACAUCACCUCCGUUGUGGGCUUCCCUGACAGGGAGACAGAAAGAUUUUAUUUGUUGACACACAUUUCUAGCGCCCGUCGUUGUGCUCUUGCUAGUGCGAAUAAUUUUCCGUUGAUCGGUGUACAAAAUUCGGAUUCCCCGGACAAAGUGGUAAAAAUUGAAAAAUCCCUUGGCGAAGAAGGUGAGAGACAGGAAAAGAAAAAAAAGGAGAAGAAGUGCGAAGACCCAUAAUAGUGGAAAAGAAAUCGGUUCAAAAGCAAACCAAAUCGGAUGGAUAAGAGUGAGCGAGACAGGUGCGCAAGUUCGUUCAUUUGACGUAUAUGAUGUGUGCGCACGGGUGUGAGCAGGAAAGGGAGUGUUGUGAGAAGCGCGGGAGGAUGAUGGUUGUUCUGCUGUGAAGUGAAUGUGUGUAUGUGUGAAUGUGUGUACGGUGCGGGUUUUUGGCUCAGGUGGUAACGAAGCAGCCACAGCGUGUGUUUGUGUACGCGCACGUGCUUGAGUGUGUGUGUGUGUGUAUGGGUCCGAAGGAAUUUUUCGGCGCGACGGCAGCAGCAACACUGUUUCUCUUUUCUGGUGCCGCCUGUAUGCCAUCUCUGUCUGUUGUGAUGCGGCUGAUAUCGUACGCUUCAUUCGCACCAGUGGUUGCUGAGGCACAUGGCCAACUCGUUGGAUGCUAGCUGACAGCGCGGUGUUUUUUUUACAUAUUGUGCGUGCGUGCUUGUGUGUGUGUGCAGCAGUGGAAGAGGUAGCGCGGUGCCGCAGUGUCGCUCUGAUUGUAUGUGCGUACUAUGUCUCCCGGCUGAAUAAAGCGUGUGGAAGCAUCCACGACAGAAACGCACGGAACGUAGCGAGAAGAGGCAGCGUAAGACGACGGUGGAAAAAGUCGUACUUUUUCCUUCCUUUUCUAUCAACAUCGGUCGUUUGCAGACCAUUUUUCCGUCUUCGUAGCCGACGUUGUUGUCCGUCACACAGCAGGGCGGAAAGUCAAUGUGCGGCGAGUCCAAGACCCCGGGGGUGGGUGUAUUGGUUCCGCAUAAUCCAGCCAGUCGCCACCAAACAAGAAGCUUCACCAUCCGUGCAGACCACCACCGUCUUGAGGAAACCACGGCAGAGCAACAGUGGGCCCAGUCGGCACAGUGCGCUGUCCAAAGCAUCGAUCUUGCAAAAGCCCUGCCAGGGCAAUGUGUAUGGUCAAGGGCAGCAUACAGUAAAAUCGCCAUCGUGGAUCUGGUAAAUCGUAGAUAAUGGUUUUAGUUCAGCAGAUUUUCGGUAGUUGCUACGUGGUCCGUGUGUUUUAAAAAACGGGAAGGUGGAAUUUUCGCGAUCGUGCUGCGCUUUGCUAUGUGUGUGUGUGCGUGUACAUGUUUCCGUGCUACGCUUCAACAAACACCGUGCUUUCGGGAAGCUGAUCUUGAUCAUCAUCAUCAUCAGCAGCAGCAGCAGUGGCUAAAAUCCAUCCUAUCUGACCAUCAUCAACCAACCAGAAAGUCAAAAAAUUAGCUAGCUGCGAUUCUAAAGUGUAAGGGGUAUUAACAAAAGCUCAGCUUCAGCAAUUCGAGAUGGUUUAGCAAAAAUAAAAUACUGCAUCAGUACGGUAGUAUGAAUGGCCACCUCGAAAAUGCAGUAUAACGUGUCAAUGAGCAAUGAGUGCUGCUAGGAAGAAUCAAAAGCGAAGGUGUUUUGUGCAGAGACAACCACAUGCGGCAGCAGUAGUGGUACGAUUUUCGAUAAAGUAUGCCUUCGCUGAAAAUGCAUGAACGUGGUGCCUAAACGAAUUGCGUGCGUGCUGCACAGGACAAGGAAAAAAAAGGAUGUGAUUUGUUAUCAUGUGAGGAAAAAGUUUGUUGAUGGUGCUAAAUGAAGCAUCUGUUCUCCUGUGUUGUUAUAUCAGUGUGCCUCUACUGUGGUAGCAAUGUGUGUGAAGUGGAGUUGAAUAGUAACUCAAAAUGUUGGCUGCACAUCGAAUGACAUCGAGUGACGAAAACGAAUAGCAACAACCUGUUAUAAUACGGCAAUACGACGACGAGUAGUUUCACAAGCUCCAGUUGCCUGGGAAAACCUUUAAUGUUAAAACACUUCGCCAAGACUGCCACGAACUAAACGGAUUAACAAUUCGACGGAUAUUGUUAACGAUUGAUUACCCCAGUUUGCCAAACAAACGAACGGCGCGGUAAAACCACAACUGCCUUCAAACGACUGAUAACUGAGACUGUAAGGAAAUACGUGACGAUUGCACGCAGCCAAUGGAUAGUGCUGUUGCAGGUCUUAUCGAAAACAUUGUACAAAAAUCGCUUGACUAAUACAAUACACGAAACAACGGUCAGUGCGCGCGCAAUAGGCUGUUUCGUAAACUUUCUUCGUCUACCGGGCAAAAAAGCUGCAUUCAAAAACUUAACCAGCACUGGUAUCCGGGAUCGAUCGUCUUCGGGGUACUGUCCUCCAGCGCAUUACCGAUGAAUCAGCAGUAUUUUCAUCAAAAGUUUGAUGACUUUCACAGCAGUGGCCCGAGACCACCCGUUCCCGGAGAGGAAAGCCGCCGAAAGAUGACAGAAGCGUCACAUUCGGACCGAACUCGGGACGGUUCGCCCCCGGCAUACGUUCGCUGGGCACAGAAGCUUGCGUACCUGCUGGAAGAUGGCGACGGAGCCGAGCUGUUCAAGCGCUACGUCGAGCUGGAGGGCGAGGAGCCUUCGAAUCGGCUUAAAUUUUACUUUGCCUGCGAGGGUCUUAAGCAGCAAACCGAUUCGGACAAGGUAACGCAACUGAUCGGAGCCAUCUACCGGCGCUUUCUCAAAAAGGCGCAGCCCGGCUCGGAGCUGUACGUGAACGAAUCGCUGCGCAACUUCAUUAAGGCAGGGCUAAAGAAUGAGCUGGAACUUACGCCGGACAUCUUCGAUCAGAUGCAGGCGGACGUGGCAAACAUUAUUGCCGAAACGACCUAUCCGCACUUUCUGCAGUCCGACCUGUACCUGCAGUAUGUGCAGAACAUGCAGAGUUCGAGCAGUAGCAGCAGUGUGAUUGGUAGCGGCAGUAACUGCAGCCUGGCAGCGGCAGUGCCUUCAACGAGCGGUGGAGCCGGCUCGUCGCUGGCCGGUACCUCGCAUGGUGGUGCUGGUGGCAGUAGUGGCAGUGCCGGGGCGCGUGCCUCCUGCUCACUUACGAGCAGCAGUUCCACGUCCGAGCUGUUUCUGCACAGUUCGUCCGCCUUGCCAACGGUGCACGAGGAUGCAGAGCUGGCGAAUGCCGACUCGAUCGAGCAGCUGUACGGUGCUACCGGUCCGGGGUUGGACAGCCAUAUGGGGCUGGUGGCACCACCGCUUGUACCACCUAGCGCCACCGCUUCGUCAUCCAACACGAAGGUACCGAUGACGCUUACAAAGGACGCACUGAUGGCUACGCAGAAACGCCGGCUAGAGAUGAGACCACCUGGUCCACGCGGAUACUCCGUGUACACCAACUAUGCAUCCUAUAAUCCGGUAUCCCGUCGUGACUCAGAACUGGCCAGUCUGAGCUCCGGCCGUACCGAUUCCGAUACGAUGUCUCUCUCGAGCAUAUCCACUGAUGGGCGACCACAUUCACAGCGCAAACAUCACCACCAUCACCAUUCGUCCAUGGAGCGAAGAAUGAUGCGUGAAAAUGCCUUAACCAACGAAGAAGUCGAUACGUUUUCGAUCAUCCCUCGAACCCAUCGGCACACGCAGAAGCAGCCACCGCCAACGGAGUUUGCCAAAAUUCUUAUCAACAAGCUAGAGUGUGUAGCCCGCGAGCGGGAAAAGGAUGAAGUGUUGUGUAAAAAGAUGCAGGAGGCCGAGCUAACCGACCGUUCGCAGAAUAAGGUGCUCGCGGACGCGAUCCGACAGAAGCUGCAGGUGGACGACGAUAACGAUCAGGAUAUUCUUGAUCAACAUGUAUCGAGGGUAUGGUCGGAUCUGACGCCAAGUCGAUCACCGGGCACAAUGUCACCCUGUCCACCGAACGUGGUCAGUUCUCGGUCGCGCCGUCACGAGCUGGCCGGAUUUGGAGCACAAUCUUCGAUGCGUCAUUCAAAAUCGAUGCCUGAAGGACAUCCGCUCAUGGGACCACCGAUGCAACCACCGAUGCCAAUGCAAAUGUCUUCCGGCUCACGCAAGCUGAACAACAAAUGGCCCUCCGUCAAUACGGACAGUGGGAUCAGCCUGUUUUCGACCGACACGCUGACGAAGCACGGCAGCAGCGGUAGCGCUAGCCGGGGAGAGCUCAGUCUCGGCAGCAGUUCGCGCCCAUUGUCGCGUAACAUGCACGACAUCCACACGGCAACACUGCUGCAAGAAUCGAGCCGCCGGCUGGAAGAUGAAACGCGACGCUCGAAGCGAUAUCAGUACCCGCCUAGUGCAAUACAAAGCAUGCCCUUGCCCCCGGUACCGAUGUCGUCGUCCUCGGGCGGUUUCAGUAGCAACCUUCCGCCGGCCAUGCCUCCACCGCCAAUACCUGCCAAACCGCUGCAAGCCCCGAACGAGUUCACCAUCGUGGUGUACUCGUUCUGCGACGAGGAAGUCCCGUACCGGAUAAAGAUACCCGGUACGCAACCACCGACGCUCAAACAAUUCAAGGAUUAUCUGCCGAAAAAGGGAAACUAUCGAUUCUUCUUCAAAACGCGCUGCGAGGACCUGGACAAUCCUGUCAUUCAGGAGGAAGUGAACAGCGACAGUGAACCGUUGCCACUGUUUGAGGGCAAAGUGAUGGGCACCGUGAAACCUUCGGAGUAGAUUUUUUUCCCAUAGAAAGCAAUAUGGCCAAACCGGCCUCCAAAGGCAGAAACAGCAGGGCAAUAACAAGCGUUAGACAAUGUGACCACAGACGUGUUUGUGUUCUGCACGUUUGCAAGGGAUGAAAGUGUGGCUUCCAUUAGAAAUAAGAGAACGGCAAGAGGCAAGCAGCUGCGGGGCGGAACGAACACAAAACUCAAUUCUCCACCAAGGAAAAACGCUUCCACGAGAACAAAAAAAAGAAAGAAAAUCGAAACUGGUCAAAGAAGUCACACACCAUAUGCCACUAUGUGCCUUCGGAUGCCCGCUCAAACACAACACCUGCCUGCCUGCAAACCAGUGCGAAAAUGGAAAAGCAAUCAUCUACACACCACUGCUGCUGCACCUUGACAAAUCCUUUUACCUAUCAUUUUUGUCUCUCAGUAGGCAUACUAUUUUUGAGCCAGCUGCCAAAUCUAAUAGGGUGGAUACGAUGGAUUGAAUGCAUGCAAUAAUAGUGCAAUCCUUCGAACGACAAUUAUUCGUACUGCAAACGUGACUGCAAUGCGGUGAGACAAGAGCAAACGAAAUCAAAUCGAAAGUAUCAGUAUUUUUACGCGUUUUGUAUGUGUGUGUGCGUGGCUUACUAGAACUCUAUAUUUUCCCCACAACACACAUUGAGCACAUUACAGAUUUUACAAGCAAGCAAACAAUCGAGUUUGGUGUUAAAAAGUAAGAAGCAGUAACAGCAUCGAACGAAAUCUAAGUUGCAAAUGAUUUGUGUUUGCGCGUCAAGUCAAGUAAAGGUAAGUUCUUCCAAGUAGAAAAUUAACAAACUAUUUUUUUAGCAAAAGAGGAGGGUUUGGUGCUUAUGGUGGAUGCGAGUUUUAAAAACAAACAGACCGGAGACCACCGUUCCGCGUAUCACUUAAUUGUACUAUUCUGCGUUUAUGUUUAUUCUAGUGACUGUCGUUUAGGUCGUGCACAUAUUUUAUUAGCCUAGUUGUAUUGCAAUCCUUGCUUAGGGUUUCUUAUUCGGUUCGUUCUUUAUGCAGAAGAGGAUGUAUGUAAAUAACGCGGAGGUCGUCAUAGCCAUAAGUUUUUAUUCUCGUUCAGCAGCAGCAGCAGCAGCAAGUAAGCGCAACGAAUCGAUAUCUUACUGCGCGCGUUCGUCCAUCCUCACUUUCUUCACCUCUGUUAAUUGUAGCUGCCGUUAGCCUUAUUGAAGCGUUCUAGAAAUCACAAGUCACCACGAACAAGGAUGUGGAACGAUGGAGAAAGAUAACAAGUUGUCGAAAGCAAACGAUACGAAUAGAAUUAAGUGAAUUGAGCGUGAAGAGCGAAACAGAGCGAUAUAUAUAAAUACGUAUGUAUAUUUAUAAGCUUAGAGUAUACACGACUGUAAUAGAGAAGCGCAAGUGCUUAGUGGAAAAAUGAAAUAUAAUUGCUUAUUUAAAUUAU